ACCCACCAAAUCAUCUUCUUCACAAAUAUAAACAAGGAGUAAAACAUUUUGUAAUACUCAUUUGUAUUAAAUCAUCACUAAUACUUAAAAACGAUACGUUAUGGGGAUUCAAACAUGCAGUGUUUUAAUAAUCGUAAUUAUAUUGACGAUGAUGUUUUCAGCACACAUUGCUCAAUCAAACAGUAUAACAAUGUGUGUGAAACAUUGUGCACAAAACGAGUGCUUGAAAGCGGCGAAAAAAACUACUCCUGAAAUUUGUGAUGAAGCUUGCAAGAAAAUCUGCAACAAUCAAUUAUUCAGUGAUGAAAAGUGGUUUGUUCCUUCUCCAAAGGGAAGCUCCCGAAUCUGUAGAUGGGCGCCUAAGUAUUGCCAAUUCUGAAUUAUGAAAACUCCUAAUGAUUUGUUUUUUUCAUGAUUAUAACAUAACAAUAUAAAAAUAUGUAAGUACGUGAUCAAUUCAUUAUUCUUAUAAAAUAAUUUCUUCCUUU